GACACUGUAGCGGUUACGCGUCUACGUUAGUUGUACUUUUCUCCGAUGGCUAGUUUGAUUGAUUUAUAUAAACUUUUCUGAAAUCAUAAAUAUUGUAUCAAAUAACUGAAUAUAGAUUAUCAGUGAUUAAUAUUAAAUUCUUUCUUACAUAAGUCAAGGAUGUGAUGCAUUGGAUUAAUUUUAUUAGGGAAUGGAUGAAUGAACUGAAGGAAAUUUAAAAUUUAUUAGAUAUCUUUUUUAAAGACUACGCCAUGAUUUCAAGUAUGAAUAACAAAAUAUUUUGCUUAAUCAUGACAUCCCUAUUAGCAAAUGUAAUAGGUACAAGAGUGAUGUGUCCAAGUCAUCCUAACUGCAUCUGUGGCGGUACGCUUGCAGUUGAACUCGAUUGCAAUAUUGACGGUCAUAAAAUUAAAAUAAAUUUACAUCCAAGUAUAUACUUGAAUAUCAAAUGUGAAAAUGUAACAUCAUUGGACUAUAAAACGCUACCACGAUAUGCUUACAAUAUGAGUAUUUUAAAGUCUGUUACGUUCAAGGACUGUCCGCUACCCAACAUUUCGUUUCAAGAAAUACUCUUACAUAUGGGCGUUGAAAAAACCAUGUCACUUAUAUUUCAAAAUUCUCAUAAAUUAUCUGGAUUUUUAAACAGAAGACAUUUUACAGGAUUACAAGAUCUAACAAAAUUGCUUCUAUCAGUUAAUGGUAUCACUCACCUACCAGAUAAUGUUUUCUCCGAUAUAAAUAAUCUAACCUGGCUUAACAUUCGUUUCAAUAACAUCAAUUUAUCCGAUCAAUUAUUUAAACCCUUGGAGAAAUUAGAAACUUUAGAGAUCAGUCAUAAUCACCUGACAAAUAUGUCAUCAAAUCUAUUUUCUCAUUUAUCUCUAUUGAGAAGACUAUCCUUAUGGCAAAGUAAUAUAACGUGGUUUUCUAAGGAUUUUUUUACAGGCGUAAAUGUUUUGGAAGAAUUAGACCUAAGUUCUAAUGGAUUGAACGAACUCCCUGUAUCAAUUUUUAAACCUCUGGGAAGACUAAAGAAAUUAACAUUAUUUUCCAAUAAAUUUUCCACAUUGCCAAAAAAUAUUUUCUCAACUAAUUUAGAGUUGGAAACCGUAUUUAUUCUUAACAAUGAUGUUAAAAUGGUAGAACUACCAAGUUUUUUAUUUGGAAACUUACCAAAUCUAAAACAAAUAUAUGUACAAAACAGUGGAUUAGAAAUCAUUCCAUCCAACGUUUUCAAGAAUUCUUCACUUUUAACAAAUAUAUCCUUAGCUUACAAUGAUAUAAAAACACUACAUGAAUCCACGUUUAACGAUCAAAUAAAUCUACUUGAACUAGACUUGAGCCAUAAUCAAUUAAAAAGUUUAGAAUCAACAAUUUUUUCAUCACUUGUAAGACUUGAAAGCUUGAAUUUAUGUUAUAACUCGAUCGAAGAAAUUAGUGGAUCCACUUUUUCAUCUCUCUUAAGCCUUAUAUAUCUAAACAUGGAACAUAAUAAUCUUAAAACCAUAUCUUCCUAUAUAUUUACGAAUAAUAAGCAAAGAAUGAUAAUUUCCCUUGCAUAUAACAAACUUCAUAUUGAAAAUAAAGAAUUAGAAAGCAAUGAUUUGUCAGGGGCCCAGGUUUCUCCGUUUGCAUUCACUUACAAUUUGAAAAUGCUCAAUUUAAGUCACAAUAAUUUUGAAACUGCUUAUGAAGAUUGGUGGAUUAACGGACACGAUCACUUGGAUUUGAGUUUUAAUUCAAUACAGAACAUCGGGGGUAAAACAGAACAUUUGAAUGAUGUCGGCCUAAUAUUCAAAAAAGCAAGAAAAUCAAUAAAAUAUGUUUGGUUAACAAACAAUCCAAUACUUUGUAAUUGCAUAAAUUUUCACUUUAUUGAUUAUCUACAAGAAAAGUUAAACGAUAAGAUAAUAAAUAAUCCUUUGCAAAAUUGUUCUUUUUGGACAAGAACAAGGUGUUACAAGAAAUACAUACUUUCAUUAACUAUAUUGAUUUGUUCUCUUACUUUAUGUGUAAUAGGAAUAUUGAUUUGUGUCACAUUCAAUCAAACCCUGCCAGAUCGUCUAAAACAUAAGUUUCUUUAUUAUAUCAAACCAAAAGCUUUGGCUAACCUUAACAAAACUAUAACAGUUAAAUACUCCGAACAAGACGAGGAAUUUGUACUCAAGGAAAUCAUACCAGAGUUGAAAGAACAUAAGAAAGUAGAGGUGAACGCACAAGCUAUAAAUGGAACAGACGAUGAGAGUUUAAAUUGUUUUCUAAAUAUUUUCGAAGUACCCAAAAUGUCUUUGGUUAUAUUUACACCUAAUUAUUUAAUGACUGCGUACAGUCAUAUAAGUAUAAAAAAAAUAGGAGCAAUGAUGAAAUCUAAGAACACUGUAUACGUAUUUACCGAUAUUGGUCCUGAAAAUUCUGUAUACGCUUACCUUAAAGAGCAAAGAGAUCUUCGAACGAGUGUCUUAUGGAAUGAUCCGAAUAUCUGGCAUAAACUCACAACCGAAAUAACAGACGGAUUUUAUAAAAUCAAGAUGAAGCUGGCUCCUUAUGAAGGGAAUCUUCAAUUAAUAAAUAACAGAGAAAGAGUUUUGGCUGAUAUGCUAGUUACCAAUACUUCAGACAUCAUUGCACACAGUCAAGUUUAAUACCAUUUCAUUUUUUGUGUUAGUGAGGCAAAGACUGAAUUCUUCGCUACUAUCUUAAUGAAUCUCACAUUUCUUAGGGUCAGAUCACAAUAUACUUUUGGUACAAUAUAGAUAAUUUGUAAAAAUGUGCUAACUUUGGGAUAGUAUUGUAAUGGUUAAUGUAUAAAAUUUUUACGACGAUGUAUUAGAUAUUAACUAUAGGUUUCCCUAUAAUAACAGAGUGCGUUUUCUUUUCAUUAUGAAUACAUAUAUAUAAAAUUCCUUUCUUUAACUUUGCUAUUAAAAUGUAAUCAAUAUUUAGCUGUUCAUUUCUAUGACAUACUGUGUUAUUACUUACACUCGAAUAAUACACAUGAAGGAAACUAUGUAUUGUUAAUGAGUUGUAAGCUUCUGCUUUAAUAAAAAGUAUUCUUUGAAAAAAC